AUGACGAGUUUGAAUUUCUUGACUGAUCUUAUGAUAUUUGAACAGCCGGUGAAUACAGAUAGGACAGUUAGCAGUAACCAGUUGAUGAGGAUGUUGGGAGCUGCUAUGGCUACUCACCAAGUUCCAUUGCAUUGUGUUUACCAUCUUGCAGACUGCAGUAUCGCUAACAAUACAUCAUUUGCAUCUUCCUCGGCCAAUUCUGAAGUUCCCAGUACAAACAUUAAUUUUGGUUUCAGUUCUAUAGGUUCCUCGUCUGAAAGCAAUGCAGUUGGCCCUGGCAAUGGGCCAACAGCUAGUGGUGCAUUAUCAUCUUCCUUUGCAGCUACAGCUACUAGCUUAUUUGGUUCGAGUUGGCAAAGUCCCAAGUCUUCUAAUCUUGGUUCUACUUUUACUUCUCCGUCCCCAUCUACUAGAUUUGCCUUUGGUGCAACAUCAUCUUCCUUUGCAGCUACAAGCACUGCACUAAUGCCAGUAUUUGGUAAUCCUCCUACUUUUGCUGCCUCGACUGGUAAUGAUCAGAUGAAUGCAGAUGACAGGUCAACAGUACAAUCACAACCUAGUCCCUUCCAGUUUGCUGGCCAGCAAAAUCAAGUUGCUUCACAGAACCCUUCUUCAUUUCAAGCAUUAGCCAGUCUAGAAUUCAAUGCGGGCGGGAGCUUCUCGUUGGGCAGUGGUGGUGACAAGUCAGGUCGAAAAUAUGUGAAAGCUAGUAGAAGUAAGAACCGGAAGAAAUGA